AUGUGCCAACCUGGGUUUGGGGCCAAGGGUGACAUGAAUAACAACCGUGUAUUGCAACUACUUUAUAAGCCAAAAAAGACACCCAUUGCAUUACAUCUAAUUUUCAGUAUUUUAUUCAACUGUAGUCCCCCAACAAAUGUUGUUGUCUGGCCAUCCACACUGGCAGACUGGAAUAUCCUAUUAGGGGAGGCCGAUAAACUGAUAUUACGCAAAAGAUUUGCAAGUAGCCAAUGUGAUUUCCACGUAUGGAGUGAUGACUCCAACAAAGGUGGCGAAGAGUGGCACAUUGUAGGUGUCCACACCUGGUGCCCAGAGAUCAAUAAACCCAGGGCAUAUGUCCUUGGUAACAGUUUGGCAGCGAGUGGGUCAGGAAAACACCCGUCUGAUGUAGAAUAUCAUGUUGUUCAUGAUGAAUAUGGCAUAACUAGUGUUUCAGGGUUGGUUGGGGAUAAUGCCUCAACCCAGAAGGGGAAGGCUAAUGGUUUAAUAGCAAAUAAUUCAAGGGUUUUUGAAAAGGACAUGUUCUUUGUUGGAUGUUACCCCCACGUCCUGAACAUUAUGUUAAGAAGGAUGUGCCAAGCUGGGUUUGGGGCCAAGGGUGACAUGAAUAACAACCAUGUAUUGCAACUACUUUAUAAGGUAUCUUGGCUUCAUCAUGAACGCCCAAGUCAGUACAAAUCAAUGUAUGUAUCACUAGGAAUCUUAAAUAAAGAGCCACCCCUUCCCCAGUCCUUUAUUGACACGAGGUGGACAUACUACUAUGAGACACUUCAAUGGCACUUGAAAUAUGGUAAAGCCUGUCUAAAACUUGGAGAGAGUGUCCUGGAAAGAAUGCCAAAGUCAGACAGCCACUACACAGCGUGGCAAAAUGUUAUCAAGUUGAGCUCCUGUCCAAUGAUUGAUUCAAGUGGAAAUUAAGUUUUUGUAGGAGUUUCUUGACAAGUUUCUUAUUCCAUCUCUCAACGCAUCACAAGCAACAGAUCAAGAACUUGGCUUCUCCAGUGGAUACCCGCCACGAUUAUGGCCUGCAACUGUCCUUAAACAUCAUGAAACAUUAAGUAAAAUGUUGAUGUCUCCAUCAGCAUAUUUUCCUUUAACUGAGCAGCAGGUGAAGAUGUCACUGAAGGAUCCUGUAGCCAUCAACCACUUUCGUCAGGAAGUGCAGAGGCCAAUGUUGCAAGAAGCACUUAAAGUUGUUAAAGACCAUGGAUCAGAGUGGUUGUCCUUACCCAAGUUAUUUGGAAUUGGAGCUGAUCCAAGAUACCAAAGUGCUUUCUGGUAUUCUGUUUUGAAGGCUCUUGAAAUUCCUGUCAUGCUGCCAACUGAAAGAGAAAA